AUGGAGGCGGGACUACUGGAGAGCAGGCUGAGUAUGGAGGACUAUGAGAAAUUGCAGAGCCUCUUUCUGGGUGACAGUGAUGCAGGCGUGUCCUUCUCCAGGGCAGAGUUUAUAGAACAAGCUUGGUCUGCAGUGAGACGUGGCUCCAGGGAGGAGUACGGCCUCCUAUUCGACAGUGUUGUCGUCACUCAGGAGCAGCGUAUAGACUGGGAGAGGCUGACUUCCUUCCUGCUGUUAGGGCUGUCAGAAAAAGAGGAGAAUGAACGGGCUGCCACCGUGCCUCGCUGGCAGCCUCCACGAACUCUGACCCCUCCACACCGUGACCCUGUCCAACAGGUGGUGUACCUGCGUAGCUCAAGCCGGUACCUGUCGGUGAGUAAGGGGGGCACGCUGGGGGUGUGGGCGGGGGAAGACUUUGCCCUUCUCCAAACACACCGCCUCCACAACGACUCUGUCAGGCCCAAAGAUCUCUGGGUAACAGCUAUGGUGGUGCUGCACAACGUACACAAGAUAGCUGUGUCGUUCACCAGUAAGGAGCUGUGUUUCUAUGACUUGCUGUCCAAGCAGCAGUUUAGCUGCCAGUAUAAAGUCCAGGGUCUGAGAUAUGCCCCUCUCAGUCUGGACUACUGGUGUCACCCCACUUACCCUGCCCAGGCUGUACUCACCAUGGGAGACACGGGGGGACAGGUCAGUGCCAUAUGCUUUAGGUCAGCUCAGAUCUCCCUGUUUGAGAGGCCCAGUCCAGGGGCGGAGACAGACUCUGCUGACAUCAUCAAGUGGAAGGAGCUAGUUGAAGGUCGCCAUCGCUGCUGCUACACACUGAGACACCGAGCUCACGGACACGCCUGGGUACGCAGAGUGCGUUUCCUGGGCUCUCUGGAGGCGUUGUUGUCGUGCAGCACCAGCCCCCAGAGUAGCAUGGUGAUUGGCUGGAGGGAGAAAGAGGGCGAGCCCCUCAGAGUCACCGCCUUCCACACGGAGAAAGGAACCAAUGACCUGGACCAUCACUCUGGGAUGAAUUUGAUAGCCACCGCAGGUAUAGACAACAAGGUACUGCUGUGGAACCCCUAUGUGAUCUCUAAACCAGUGGGUGUACUCAGAGGUCACAUGAGCAGUGUUACCGCCGUACGCUUCAUAGUGGGCAAGAAACAGCUGAUCAGCUUCUCCAAGGACAAGGUGCUGAGGUUGUGGGAUGUGGCCAGUCAGCUGUGUAUUCAGCGUGUCGCCGGCGUCUUCCCCAAGACACAGGAGGAGUGUCACACUCUUCUGUUCCUCAGUGAGGAGCGCUCACGUCUCCUCCUCUCCUUCAACAGUCUGCUCCUCCUCAUGGAAGUCAAGAGAGAGGAGGGGAGGAGAGUCACCAGCCAUGAGAACCCUGUCACCUGUGUCCUCUAUAACAGCCUGUUCAGACAGGUGAUCAGCAGUGACUCUGGCUCCACAGUGAUCUGUUGGCUGGUGGACACAGGUCAGAAGGUCAAGCAGUUCCACCGUUGUCAUGGUGAUGCUGAGAUCUCCACCAUGGCGCUGGACGGGACACAGACACGCUUGUUCACCGCCGCCACAGACGGAGUAGUCAAGAUCUGGGACUUUAACGGUCACUGCCACCACAGGCUGAAUGCGGGCCGGGACCAGGCCGUGGACAUCUCCCAGGUUCUAGUGCUGAAGAGAACUGUGCUGGUCAUGGGCUGGGAGAGGAUGUUAACAGUGUUCAGACUGCCCUCGUUCUCUCAGUUCUUUGUUCAGCCCUCUGAGUGGAAGGGAGGAGUUCAGCAUAACGAUGACGUCAUGUGUGCCGCAUUCCUGCCCCCUCAAACCCUUGUCACAGGAAGUUAUGACGGGGAGCUGACGGUGUGGAACAACAGCACAGAGAACGCCCUGAGAAAGCUCCGUCCAGAUCCUGAGAGAGAACGCAGCAGGCCUCAGACGGGUCAGAACCACACGGACACACCACCUGUCAAACUAACUACUACAACUACUGCUACUUAAACCCCCACACUCUACACAACACUUUAACACAAACGUCCUUUCAAUGACCCCAUAUCUUCAGUGUGUAAUUUGAACGGCGAAGAGGACUCAGAGAGCAGCGAUGGCGUCUCCAGACUCUUCUUCCUGCCAGGACGUAAGGGCGUUGCCACCGUUGGUGGAGCGGACCUGGUCUCAUGUGGCGGUUCUGGUCUGGUUCGGUUCUGGAACACGGUCCGUAGCGGUCUGGUUGCUGUGUUCACAGCUCAUAAAGACAUAGGGUCCAUCAUCAUGACCAUGUCCGCCUGUGGUCGAUACCUGAUCACUGCUGACAUGGAGGGAACCCUGAAGACCUGGGGCAUACAGGAAUACUGCGUCCUGCCCAGCGACGGAGUGACCAAUAAGGCUCCAGAAUUGCUGGGUAGUCUCCGCCCACACAUGGACUGUGUAACUCACCUGGAGACGUGUCUCCAUGGCGACAGGCUCCUCCUCCUCUCAGCAUCUGCAGACUGUAGCGUAGCUCUCAGCUACCUGCCUGGGGACACUGUGGGCGUGUUUGGACAGGAGGAGCACUGGCGUUUGGAUGGGCCUGGAUCUGUCCAAGUGGGAGAAGGAGAGCCUAAAGAGGGGACAGUGUCACCGCAGAGCCCCAGUGGUACAGACCCUGAGUUUGACAGCCAACCCCACAAGAUGCGGGAGGAGAGAAGGGCAGUAGUGGAGACAGAGGAGGCUGGAGACAACACAGGCCUGGAGACAGAGGAGGCUGGAGACAACACAGGCCUGGAGACAGAGGAGGCUGGAGACAACACAGGCCUGGAGACAGAGGAGCUGGGGACAAUGUAAGUUCUCACUGUGUCACAGCAAGACAUUCUGAGCUUUAUGAUGCUAAUACGUCCUGAAAAGGACUGUACUGUACACAGUUAGAAAACCCACUGGAGACAAAUAGACUGAACAUACUGUACACAGCUAGAAAACCCACUGGAGACAAAUUGACUGAACAUACUGUACACAGUUAGAAAACCCACUGGAGACAAAUUGACUGAACAUACUGUACACACUGGA